AUGACGGAACCAAGGCCAACACAUUGUGGACUGUGUGGAAUUUAUCCAACGUGGCUCCAAAAGCGCGCAACGCCACAUACCUUUAUUUUGGUUUAUGGUUUUCUGGGACUUGUACAGGCGAUGGCCUUCAUUUAUAUCGUCGUCACGCUGACGACAUUAGAAAAACGAUUUAAAAUUCCUAGUCAAACAACAGGUAUCAUAUUGUCUGGGAACGAGAUCUCACAAAUCCUGUCAUUAAUUCUGAUGUACUACGGGGGCGCAGGACACCGCCCAAGAUGGCUAGCAGCCGGCGUAGGAUUCAGUGCAUUAUCAUGUUUCAUUCUAGUGAUUCCCCAUCUAAUCUACGGUCCUGGUAAGGCAGCGCUGGCUUUGACUCAAGAGCAUUUGGAAGAAAGCAUUUUUUUAAAUUCAACAAAAGCCGGCUCGAGUAAUAGCCCGACUUACCUCUGUCCCGGGACGAACGAUCACGACAAAUGCGAUGAGGAGGAUCUUAUGGACGGGAGUUUACUGCCGCGGUUUUUGGUAUUCAUGUCCCAAUUUGUCCUCGGGAUUGGCACUACUCUGUACUUUGGAUUGGGACAAACUUAUCUUGAUGAUAAUACCAAAAAAUCAAACACCCCGAUGCUUCUUGGAUUUACUUUUGCAUUAAGAACCACUGGACCAGCGUUGGGAUUCAUUUUAGCUUACGCUUGUUUGAAGCUUUACAUUGUACCGAGUCUACAUCCAGUUAUUACUGACAAAGAUCCAAGGUGGUUGGGUGCCUGGUGGUUGGGAUGGAUUAUUCUCGGGUGCUUGCUUCUUAUUUUUGCUCUACUUAUCGCUAUGUUUCCCAAACAUUUGCCAAAAGAUAAUAAAAAAAAAAACAACAACAAGAAUAGGAUAGAAGGUGAAUUGCCAUUAAAAAUUCACAACGGAAUCGAACGGGUACCAGAAUUACCGCCUAGAAUUGAAAAAUGUGAGGAAGAAAACGCGCAUCAGCCUUCGUUAAAAGAUUUUCCGGUGACGCUGAAGCGCGUUCUUUCGAAUAAAAUUCUCUUUUGCAACAACUUGAGCGCUGUAUUUGGAAUUUUCGGUCUACUUCCUUACUUCACCUUCAUGGCCAAGUAUCUCGAGGUACAAUUUAAUACUUCGGCAGCUGGGGGUACUGUUAUAACAGGUCCAAUUGCGCUGGUAGGCAUGGUGCUGGGGUUUUUGGGCUCGGGGUUUUUCAUAAGCAAAGUUAAGCCACGACCUACAAGACUUUUGAGCUGGAAUGUAUUCGGUGGAUUUGUUGCUUUUUUUAUACAAAUAAGUUACAUUUUUAUUGGCUGUAACCAAGUUCCUAUUGAAGGAGUCAAUUCUAUUACCAUGGAGGUUAAUUUUACAACAGCGUGUAAUGUUGGAUGUAAUUGUGACGGCGUUAAAUACGCGCCAGUGUGCCACGAAGCGUCAAUGACAUCAUAUUUCUCAGCGUGUCACGCUGGUUGCACCAGUUUAAUUGACGCCCGGCACUACGGCAACUGCAGUUGUGUACCAAGCACCGCUAAUUACCUUGCACCCGAAAAAUACUACAAUGACAAUUACAACCAAAAUACGAGCCAGCCAAUACCAGACGAUACAGUUGUCCUCGGGCCAUGCCUAGGAAACUGCAUUAACUCGUACAUAACAUUCAUUGUGCUGAGCAUGAUUUGCCACUGCUUGAUGUCGACUGGCAAAAUAGGAAACGUGCUGAUAAAUUAUCGGUGCGUACAGCAGAAAGACAAGAGCGUCGCUCAGGGAGUCACCCUGAUGUUCAUAUCGCUUUUUGCGCUGAUACCUGGUCCCAUUGUUUACGGAUUUAUUUGCGAUCAGUCUUGUCUCAUCUGGGAAAAAUCUUGUGGGACUACCGGCAAUUGCUGCAAAGAUUUGGAUUUAUAUGGAGCCAAUGAAGAUAAACUUAAGGGAAAUAAAGUACCCGAGUGCAAUAUGACCAAAAAAGAAACCGCGGAUGUAAAUAAAAAUGGACCGGAGAGCAAACUUCUUCUGGACACUUCGCGGAACUUAACAGUGGAGAACAAUAAGCUAAAGACCACCUCGCCUACCUCCCUACGCGGAAUCGAUGACAUUUUCCGCGACCUACCACUUACCGACGACACCUCUUGCGGUAUUUGGUUUUUUCGCGGGCCUAAUUUACAAAAAUUCGCCAAUAAAAAUGCUUACGUAUUUCUUUACGGUGUCCUUGGAUGCAUAUUCAGUGCUAGUUAUGCUUACUUCAAUGGCACUAUUACGACUAUUGAGAAGAGAUUUAAAAUUCCGUCCAAGACCACUGGUCUCAUCACCGUUGGAAACGAUAUUUCUCAAUUGCUUGUAUCAGUGGUCUUAUCUUAUUACGCUGGUCGAGGACACAGACCUCGAUGGAUUGCCGUCGGUAUUUAUACGGUAGUAAUGUUUUGUUGUUUGACGAUGCUUCCUCACUUUUUGUACGGGCCUGGUGAAGACGCGCUUCAAUUGACGAAGGAAUACGGCGGGAAACCGGUAAACUCAUCAGAGAGUGACAUGCACUGGAGUGGGAAUCGCGAGCGAAAGUUUCUGUGCCAAGGUACGGAGAACAGCAAACCUGUGUGUGAUGACACCGAUGGGAGUAAUUUCGCCCCCCAAGUGCUGCUGUUUACAGCCCAGCUCGUUUCUGGGAUCGGUGGAUCACUCUACUACACCCUCGGAGUUUCAUACAUGGACGACAAUAUUAAAAAGUCUAAAACACCUGUUUCGAUAAGUUUUUCAUACUUUCUUCGUAUGCUGGGGCCGGCCAUCGGCUACGGACUGGCAUCUUUUUCGCUCAACAUAAUUGCGCUGUUCCCCAAAACACUGCCGAGGGCUGCGGCGCGAAAAGUGUUGGCGUUGGAGAGGAGCAAGUCGACCGCGAGUUAUCGCGAACAGGAAAGACUCGCUGAGAAAAAAAAUCUCGAUGAAGACGGAGAAGAUGGGAACGGCAUUGUCGACGACGAUUUUGAUGAAAAAUCCCCCGAAGUUCCAGCCUCCUUCGAAGACAUGAUUGAAACAUUCAAGCGGCUUUUGAGCAACAACACACUCAUGUGCAAUAACCUUGCGACAGUUUUCUAUUUUCUGGGGUAUAUGCCCUACUGGAUCUUCAUGCCCAAGUACAUUGAGACCCAGUACAAGCAGUCUGCGAGUGUGUCAUCGCUGAUCACUGGGACAGUCGGUUUAGUAUUCAGCGCUUUUGGGAUUUUGUUAUCCGGCUUGGUGAUCACCAAGUACAAACCUAGAGCAAGGUAUUUAGCCGCCUGGAAUAUCAUUGUCGGCGCGGUCUCUGUCAUGGGAAUGAUCUCGUAUGCUUUCCUCGGCUGCUCGGCUAACGACAAUCAGGUGAUGAGUAUCCAAGACACCAGUGGAGAGUUAAAGACCCAGUUUCCUUGUAAUGAAAACUGUAAUUGUGAUUAUGUCACUUACAACCCAAUAGAUUCAAAUGGAACGAAAGUGUACACGGAUUGCAGUUGCGUAAGAACGAGAUACUCGCGUGCAUCAUUCAACAAAUCGGAAAUGAGCUUAUCGACGGGAUUUAAAUCUUCUACGACCCCUGAAAUGGGAACAGCGGUACCGGGGCCUUGUCCGGUAGACUGCAUGCACAAGUUCUACCUAUUUUUGGCGGUGGUCUGCCUCCUAAAAUUCAGCGGUGCCACAGGACGAGCCUCAAAUUUCCUGGUUUCCGUGAGAUGCGUCGCUGAACGUGAUAAAGCCGUGGCGAUGGGUUUCGGAUUGACGAUAAUGAGUCUGUUCGCAUUUAUUCCCUCGCCCAUACUCUUCGGGUUUAUUCUUGACAAGACUUGCCUCGUUUGGGGCAAAACCUGCUCCGGCACUGGCAAUUGCUGGUUAUACAACGGUGAAGCUCUUAGGUAUUUACUCAACUUUACUGCUGCAACUUUCGUAACAAUAGGUACAUUUUUCGAUAUUGGAGUGUGGUAUUUCGUAAAAGACGUCAAAAUUUUCGACGAUGAUAUCGAGCUGAACGACGUUAAAGAUGAGCCACUACCAGAAUCAUUGUAACAUAUAUUUAUCAUUAUAAAUAAUGCACUUAGUUUAUAUAAGCAAACAAAAAACCA